AUGACAACAAAAUUAGUGAAGAGCUUCGAAUUGAGCUCUAAAAUGAAUCAGCAGGGGGAGCUAAUAAAAAACAUGACCAUACCGAAACUAUGCACGGAUGAUUGUGAGAAUUCAUCGAAAAUAUCGUUCGAAGUGAAGCCGCCUGACCCCAACACUACGUUCUUUUAUCGACAUUACAUCGAUACGAACAAUUCCGAGUCGGAAUUCAACAUCGACUAUUUCAACGAAACUUUCAGUGAUUCGAAUUGUACGUUCAGAAAUGGGACGUGUAGUGAUGUGGACUAUAAUUUCUGGGCUCUGUCGUUGUUAGUGUUUCCUCUGUUGACUUUGUUCGGUAAUGUCCUAGUGAUACUUAGUGUUUCGAGAGAAAGGAGUCUGCAAACAGCUACGAACUAUUUUAUCGUGAGUCUGGCUGUUGCUGACUUGCUUGUAGCUGUGGUUGUGAUGCCGUUCGGAGUUUAUUACUUGUUCAACCACGGAGUGUGGGGCCUGCCGCCAGUAGUAUGUGACUGUUACAUCGCCAUCGACGUCAUCUGUUCCACCUCUAGCAUAUUCAACCUGGUUGCCAUCUCUGUAGACAGGUACAUAGCAGUAACACAGCCAAUCAAAUACGCGAAGCACAAAAGCAACGCACGAGUCUGGUCGAUGAUUGGCGUAGCGUGGCUGGUGUCUGGUGCUAUUGGCUCGCCGAUCGUGCUGGGCCUCAACAACACGGUAGACAGGCGUCCUGGCGACUGUCUGUUCAACAACAAGGACUAUGUCAUAUACUCGUCCUUGGGCUCCUUCUAUAUCCCCUGCAUCAUUAUGAUGUUUUUGUAUUAUAAUAUUUUUAAGGCAAUACGACAGAGAGCGAAAAAGCAGCGAAUAGCAAAGAAGACGUCAGCGGCGAUAAGUUCCGCGGUGUCGAGCGGUACCGCGGCGGUAGUGAUAGAGAACGUGGCACAGACGCAUCGGCUGGACGGGUCCAUGAACGACGCGCCCACCAACACCGCGUCAGGGAGCAAUGAAGAUGAAGAUGAUGAUAACUUCGCGAAGUCAGAGAUGGGAGCAUACGCGGAGGAGCUGGUGAACACAAGGUCAGCCAGGUUCAUGCUGGCUGCUGUGGUGGAGGAGACCGGGUUAAUAAUGGCGAACCUGGCGUCUCCCAUCCCAAUGAUGGACCCGAACACGAACAACGACUCAGGGUACGCCCCCUCCAACAUAGAUGCUGAAAAGGAACACACUCCACCAGGCUCUCCUACUAAUAAAGAAGAGAAGAAAACAGAAGACAAUGCUGAACUGCCUAAGAAGCCGGAGUUAAAAAAGAAACUAAGCCGGCUGAGUAAUAGCUCCCUCAUUUCAACUCCUCGGAGACGGUUCAGAAGUGCAGCCUCAGCAGCCAGGUUCACCAUCUUCAGAGCGAACAGAGCUGGCAAGCUACGAGCCAAGUCCUUCGCCAAGAAAGAGAAGAAAGCAACUCAAACUCUCGCCAUUGUUUUAGGUGUUUUCCUCUUCUGUUGGGCUCCAUUCUUCACCUGCUCAGUUCUGGACGCGAUGUGCUCCAAAUUUGGUCUUCCCUACUCUCCUGGAGUGACGGUGUUCAUCCUGACCACGUGGCUGGGCUACAUCAACUCGUUCCUCAACCCCGUCAUCUACACCAUCUUCAACCCUGAGUUCAGGAAGGCGUUCAGGAAAAUACUCCAUUGCGGCACCUAG